CAAACUUAUUUCCAAUUAAACUCACUUAUAUCUGAUACAAAAUCACGGGAAGCCAAUAAGUCUCCAAACUUAUGGUGCAUAUUACGAUGAUAGAAUUGUUAUCUGCAGGCACAGACACAACUACAACAACAGUAGAAUGGACAAUGUCAGAGAUUCUAAAAGACAAAGACAUACUAAACAAAGCAAGGGAGGAAAUAAAGAAGGUAGCAAAGGAAAGCCCCGCCAUUGAUGAAUCCAACAUUUCUAAGCUUCAAUAUCUAUGGAGUUGUGUGAAAGAAACCCUAAGACUACACCCACCUGCCCCAUUUCUUCUUCCACGUUUAGCUCCAAUGGACUGUGAAGUUACGGGAUACUCAAUCCCAAAAGACAGUAUGAUUUUUGCCAAUGUUUGGGGAAUUGGGAGAGACCCUUCAAUUUGGGAAGAUUCUCAAACGUUCAAUCCUCAAAGAUUUGAUGUUGGUUGUGGUAAUAAUGUGGAUUUUAAAGGGUAUGAUUAUAGGUAUUUGCCAUUUGGUGGAGGAAGAAGAAUUUGCCCUGGUCUGCCAAUAGCCAUUGUGCAAGUGCCUUAUAAGUUGUUUUGUCUGUCCUCAAAACUUUCGAAAAUCAAAGUAAAGGGAGAACUUUGAACUUUUCUGGAAGGAUCGACAUCCUUGACUUUUGCUUGAAGCUUGCAUGGAUAAACCUCUUCAUUUCUUUUUUAUUGAUUAUUCAUCCUUGUUCCUCAAAAUCAAAAGAAAUUCACUUAAUUUUAUUUAUUACUAAAUUUUGUUUGGAGCUAAUAUUCUCUACUAGGAUUGAUAUUUCUUUCUGUAGUCAGAUUUGUUUAAACUGUCAUUAAAUAAAUGACUCAAAUUGGUGGUUUAUAACCACAAAUGUUACACGUUUCAAAGGUCUCACUAUACUAUAACCACAAUAAACAUUGUGAUAGAUUUCCUCAAAA